AUGGACUCUUUCUGGGUCGCCGAGUCCGCCGGGUACGAGUCCCACGGCUGGCGGAAGCGGAAAGGCGGGAAGAUUCGCGAUGGGGACUUCCAAAGAAUACAACAGGUGGUUAUUUGGGUCGACUGGGUCCCUGGAUACGAUGCGGGUAUGAGGAGCGAGGAAUCAUGGCGCGCCUACUACUUUUCAUACCCGUUCUAG